AGGGAUAUUUCAGUUAUUCGCGCUUACUGCCGGACAUGUAUUAUUCAUAAAGUGAAUAUUGCAGAGGCAAAAAGAUUUUUCAGUUACUUUACCAAUCAAAUCCUAUGAAUAAUAUCAAUAUUUUUAACAAGCGGUAUGAAAGAACCGGAACUCGAAUGCGCAAUUCGGAUGAAAUGUGGAAUUAUUCACUACAAUUAAUUAUUGAUUAUCUAUCUAUUUAUUUAUUUAUAACGCGGAUUCUUGCUGUUCUCUAAACAUUCAGCCAACGCCAAUACCUGUACACGGAGUGGGUAUUUUAUAGACUGUAUUCCAAGGAAUGUUAUUUACCUCUGAAAUAAGGAACAAUUCUUUUUUAUUUCCGUGAAAGAUUUAUUGUGAAGUGAUAUCCAACAUUUUGCGAAAUUUUUAAGGAAGUAAACAAAACGAUGUCUGUUUUUUUUUAAUCAAGUAGACAAUUAUGUUUUAUUAUGAUCUCGCAUACUUCAACUUAUAAAACAUGCAAAAUUGUGAAAAAGGAAGUACAUGGACUACAUUGGUGUUUUGGGUGCUGCGUUGGAAAUUGGAAUUAUGUGAUGUAAUGUAAUAUGAUAUUGCCAGAAAGCGGAAGUAUGAGGGAAUGCCGAGCCGAGAAAAUAAGAAAACGAAAUUGAUAGAAUAUUAUGUCGAAGUUGAUGAUACUACAAGAAAGCGGACAUAUGAGGGAGUGCCUAGCCGAGAAAGUAAGAAAACGAAAUUAGGUGAAGAUUAUGACGAUAUUGAUGUUGAUGUCAGGAAACGAAAGCCUGAGUGGAUAUGUGGUAUUAGCAACAAACUAAUCAAAUUAAGUUUAGGUGGCACCAAAACUGUGCCUGAGGAGUACAAUCCUCCAAUACAAGAAACAGAUUUGGGAGAGGCUAAAGAAGAAGAUCAACUUCAGCCAGAGAACGUUGGCUAUGAAGUUUGACAUUUCGAAGCGAUAGCUGAACCAAUUUUGCAAACAUUCAUUUUAAUCAUCCCACUUUUUAUGAAUUAUACCAUAUUAAUUUUGAUACUUAUUGACUAGAAAACAAGUUAUAAACAAUAUCUUUGUCUCCGACCAUUAAGACACAUAGUCGAUGGAUGUUAUGCAAUGUCUCGUAACUCACUGCUGGUCAUUCUUUUUGUCACAAGAAGAUCUUAAUAAACUGUCC